AUGUAUGUAAAUUGGUGUACAAAAAGAGAGAAAACAGCAGAAUAUAAAUUUGCUGAUCAUUCUCGUCAAACAUUUACAACACCUUAUUUGAGCAAUGAGAUAUUACUCUGGUGUAAAAAAUUGAUUGUGUUGUUGUUAUUGUCGACUAAUAAUCAAACAAUCAUAGAUUUGCGCAGUGUUAAAGCACACUCGAUAUCAAAUUUCAUACAGUUAUACGGUUUUUUUUUAAAUCAAUCUAAAAACAAACAAACAAAACCUGACAAAUUACAUCAAUCAGCAUUAACACAUCAACAACAACAAACAAACAAACAAACAAACACAUCAAAGAUUAGGAGAUACCGUGGUUUCACUUUACUCUGGGCUGUAACACCUUUAUAUUCUUCCUCGAACUCUACUUGGACAUUCGUCAGUCAUUCACCAUCCGACAAUAUCGUAAUCCCACGGCCAACUGGACUGAUACAACAUAUCAUAUUAACCGAGUCUACAAUUGGUUUCAUCUUGGAGUGUUGUAUACUAAACUUUGGUGUUUUAUUAUAUAUCUAUAAUUGCAAUGAGUAUCUUUGGAGUGCCUACGGCUUUGGACAAGAGUAUGAAGUUACUCGUGGUAUUUCCUAUCUUUUAAUGAUCAGUUUAUUCAGUUCAAUUAUCCGACUACCAUUCGAGUUGUACAGAGUAUUCCUUGUCGAUUGUCAAUCAGAUGUCUCUGAUAAAUCAUCUUCAUCUCAAUCAUCAUCAUCAUCAUCAACAACAACAACAUCAAAUCAUUGGUUUAAGCAAAUAGUAAUCGAUCAAAUUAAAAUGUUUCUAGUAUCACUAUUAAUUGGAUUACCAUUAUUAGCAGUUACAAUUGCAUUAUUCUCAUGGAAAUUCCCAUUUCAAUGGUUAUAUAUAAUCAUUUUUGUUUCAACAGUAGCAUUAUUCUUCUCUGAUAUGUAUCCAUCGUUAGCAUUCUUGUUUAACAAUUUCUCUUUGAUGGAGGAUGGCGAAUUAAGAGAGGAAAUCAGUAAACUAUCGAACAAACUUGGUUUUCCAUUGAAAGAGAUCUACACAAUGGAUGGAUCGAAGCGAGUAUCUCAUUCAAAUGCAUUCCUAUUGGGUUUCUGGAGUAGCAGUAUCGUUUUAUAUGAUAAUCUUAUUAAGCAACAAUCAACACCAGAGAUUCUAUCGAUUAUCGGUCAUGAAAUAGGUCAUCAUAAAUUUAAACUUUUGGUUUUAAAAGAGUUGAUUACAUUUGCAAAUCUAUUAAGAUUUGUUACCAAUUUAAUUAGAAGAGAAUUCGAAUAUGCAGCCGAUCGUUAUGCCAUCGAGAAUGGAUUGGACAUGAAGAAAGCAUUGCUUUCAAUGUAUGGAAAUGGUACAUACAUUAAACCAGAUAUCUAUUUUUCAUUAUAUUAUUAUUCUCAUCCAUCAUUAAUGGAAAGAUUAGAUUCCAUCGAUUCAAUUACAAAUGAAUUAAAUAAAAAAAGUGAAUAA